UUAUAACCAAUAAUCAGUUAUAAAACCCUGGUUAUAUAACAAUUUUUUCUUGUUGAAAUAGUUCUCUCAAGUUUAUCAGUUGCAUUAAAGUUCCAAUCAUGAUAUCGAAUGUUAUACUAAUGUUAACUUUGUUGGGGAUUUUGCUACCCAAUUCUGUGGAUAUGUUUGAUUAUUUUGAUCUUGGAUAUGGCGUUGAUGACAGCACCCCUGUAUUUCCAGGAGGGAAAAAGUUUGGAUACACAAAACAAUUUGCUGAAUUUAAUAAUGGAGUAUUUAAAUCGUCGAAUGACUUUGAGACAGGAGAGCACAGCGGAACUCACAUCGACGCACCAUACCAUUUUAAUCAAAAUGGAAUGAAAGUUGGUGAAAUUCCACUUGAGAGAUUAAUUACAAAAGCUAUUUUUGUCAAUGCAUCAAAUGAAACAGCAGGGAAUCCAAAAUAUACUUUGCCUGCUUCUAAGCUGACCGCAUGGGUUGAAAAGCAUGGGCCGAUUCCACAAAAUGCAGUCCUUCUGAUUAGUUUUGGAUGGGGUUCAAGAUAUCCGGACAUUCAGAAACAUUACGGAGGGAGCAAAGUGGGCAACCUGAGCUAUCCCGGUCUCUCUAAAGAGGCUGCCGAAUGGAUUGUAAACUCAAAAAAGUUUGUCGGAGUCGGAGUCGAUACACCAUCGGUCGACAUUGCUGGUGCCGAAGAAGUGCAUGUGGUACUCAACGGGAACAACAUCUACGGUCUUGAGAAUGUCAACUUGAACCAGGAAAAUUACCCAUGUAUUUUCGAUGUGAUCGUAAUGCCAAUGAAGCUAAUGAACGGUACAGGCGCACCUUGCAGGAUCAUAGGCAGAAGGGAUCCACAUGCAGAAAUCUGCUGAUAAAAUCUCAAAUAUACAAAACAAUUGCUAUAUCAUUUAUAAAAUAUACA